AUGAUCCACAGUCAUGUUGACUAUCAGCCAUCUGGAGAUGGUUGGAAGGGUAACCCUGACCUUCCAACGUCAGGGGAGUUGCUGCGUGAGCAGCGUUACAUACGGGAUCUCCCCGUGAACCCUGUGGACCGCCCUUGGUCCUCGAAAGACGCCUACCUGAAUGCCCAGUACGAUAUCCUCCGGUGUGAGGGCAUCGAGGGCUUGCGGUACUCCGUAUCCUGUUUCAGACAGCAGCCGAACAUGAGGGAUGAUCAAAACACUUGUGUUUACGUUUCGACACACGUUCGUGGCUACCUGAUGACCCGCCUCGGUCCUUUGUGUCGUAUCGCAUUCUCCACUUCCCGUGCUGGAAAGAAGAUCAGGUGGCAACAGUCGAAGCGGCUCACGCCAGGGACACUCGUUGCCAUCUCGACCGUAGAGGACGGAUUUCAGAAGAUUUGCAAGGUGGCCGUAGUCGCGCAACGACCAUACGCCGGUGGAUUAGAUCAGAAUCCUCCCGAGAUCGAUAUCUCCUGGGCUGAUAUUGAUGACGCGGUUGUAGACCCAUCCCAGGGUUUGAUCAUGAUCGAAUCUCGCAAUGGAUACUUCGAAGCAGUUCGACACGCCUUGGUCGGUCUCCAACAUGCAGCAACUACCUCAUCUCCCUUGGACAAGUACAUUGUAUCUUGCGAUAGGUCUGAUCAGUCUGUUGAGAGCCCGUCGGCUACCUGGAACCUGUCCUCUAUUGUUCACCAUCUCCCUCAGGACACUGGAGAUGAGUCUUCGACCGACCCCUUUUUACUUACGAGUCUCAAGGCCUCCGUUGCGGAGCAUGAUAUUCGUGCUGGAAUGCCAGACAUGAAAGACUGUACGACACUCGACGCAUCACAGCUCGCAGCGCUUCAUCGUAUAGUCACCAAGGAAUUGGCCAUCGUCCAAGGUCCUCCAGGUACAGGCAAAACCUUCACUUCAGUAUCAGCCAUACGAGUCAUGCUCGAUAACCGGCAGCGUCAAGAUCCGCCUAUCGUCGUGUCAGCUCAGACAAAUCAUGCACUGGACCAGUUACUCCUUCUCUGUCAGGAUGCUGGAGCGAAGAUCUUACGUGUAGGAGGGCGAACGGAUAACGAACGCAUGAAAAAGCGAACAGUGUACUCCCUGCGGCAAAGGUGCAAGAACAUGGUGGACGGUGGAUUCAGAACUCUCGAACGGGAACGAAACGCCAAUAUCAACUCAUUGUUGGAAAUCGCAGGUGGCCUGUUUGGUGGAGACAUACUGCAACCUGAACAGCUCAGAGACGCGGGUCUCAUCACCAAUGCACAGUACGAGUCGCUCACCGACCAACUUGAAUGGGAAGAUGCAACUGAGUCACCUGUAUCCUUGUGGUUAUGUGACCAGCAAAUUCUUGCAUCUCAACAGGAAGAAAUUGCAUUCAAUGAGGAAGAGGUCAAUGAAGAAGUUGCUGCGGAAUGCGAGUUCGAUCUCGACCUUGACAAUCUCGCUGCCGGUGAAGACGAGGAUGACCGUAUCCGAGGCACUUUCGUUUCGUUUACUCAGAAGUGGACGGGCCGAGUGCCGAGCAUAGGACAAUGGCGGCAAAAAUGCAAGGAGAUUUUGAAGUCCGAGGACGAUCUCUGGAAAGUCAUGAAAGGCCUCCGUGGUGGUGUGUACCUCCUGAUGCUCUCCGAAUUCCGAGCUCUUCAGGCUGGCCGAAUCCGUACACUACUCAAAGAAGCUUCGUUACGCGCAAAAGAGAUGAAAUCCAACAAAUGGGCCAGGGAUCUGACCAUCAUUCAUCAGCAAUCAAUCUCCAUUGUCGGAUGCACCACCACCGGUUUGACCAAGUAUCGUGGCUUUCUCGCAGCCAUGGAACCUCGAACCGUCCUCAUUGAGGAAGCUGCCGAGACUCGCGAGGCGAAUGUGACUUCGGCACUGUAUCCAUCCGUACAGCAGCUUAUCUUGGUGGGAGAUCAUCAGCAGUUGACGCCACACUGCGAUAUUCAACAGCUUGGAGAAGAUCCCUAUAAUCUCAAUGUCUCUGUCUUCGAGAGACUCGUCAACAUGGGCGUGCCGUAUCAGAUGCUGAAUAGACAGCGUCGCAUGGCUCCGGAACUACGGUACAUUGUUGGAAAGUUUUAUCCAUCGCUAUUGGAUCAUGCUCUUGUUACAGAUCCUCGCCAGCGUCCGCUUAUUCCAGGUAUGGGAGAGCGACGCUCUUGGUUCUUCACGCACAACUGGCCGGAGGAAGCAGACUCUGAUGGCUCCAAAUCAAAUGAGUCCGAAGCAGAAAUGAUCGUCAAGUUCGUCACAUACCUCGUAAACAAUGGUGUGAAGAUUGAGCAGAUCACUGUCCUGACCUACUACAACGGUCAAAGAAAGAUGCUCAUCAGAAAGUAUCGCCAACAUGGUCUUGUCAGUGAUGCUGCUUUCAACAUCUUCACUGUGGACUCUUAUCAGGGUGAGGAAAAUGACAUUGUGAUUCUCUCUCUAGUCCGUAGUCCGCAGACGAACAAGCCGUUUGCCAUCGGCUUUCUGAAAAGCUGGAAUCGUGCAACGGUUGCUAUCAGUCGUGCUCGUAGAGGAUUCUACAUGUUCGGAAACAAAGACAACCUGCUGAAUACACCGUGUCCAGAGUCAUUUGAGCUCUGGGCAAGUAUUUGGAACGGGUUUGCAGAGCAGGAGCGUGUGAACAUGGCUAAAGGGCUGCCGCUCGUUUGCCGAAACCACAGCAAUGAGGUGUGGUGCACUGAGCCGGACGACUUCACAAGUAGCGAGAUCAAUCAUCACCCCAUUCGGGAGCAGUGGCGUCAGACCACGAUGAGGAACGGCCGGCGCGGUUCAGCAAUUCAAGAGCAACCUCGCAAUCGCCGACAACCACAACCUAUGGACUUGAUCUACACCGAAGCCUCUCCUCGCCCUGAACCCAACAAACAGCAAGCCAACAGUGGCACGCCAGGUUUCCCGGUCAAUACUGUGUCCGAAGCGCAUUUGGGCUAUGGUUUUGAGGCAGAAGUCGUCGGUGUUGUCUCUCGAGGAGUUUCCGGUGCUCGAUCUUCAUCAUCCAGAAGCGCCAUGCCUGUUAAAAAGAACGACUCCAGCCAGGACGAGUGGCUCAUUGAGCUUUAA